GUAUACCUUAUUUCCGGAAUCCUUGGGACGUCUUACAUACACAGUCUACGCGACGGCCCUACCCCCUCCCAGACAGGAUAUACAACUCUCGCAUUUAAAUUGGUUCACAGCAAUUGCUUUGUUGUGCACCACCAAAGAUUUUACAGCACAGGUAGCUAAUUUCAACCAGAAAGUGUAUUUUGCUAGGUCAAUUCACAGCAUGUCUUGAUUUGUUGUUGGGCCAAGCGUACAGUACACGUGCCACACUCAUUACAUUAAUUUUACCCGUGGCUUAGCUGUUGUCAACAUUUCAAUUGUGAGUCUUUCAGUUUCAACUGCAGUGUUGUCAUUUCGAGCUCGCGAGGGACGAGGGUAAACUAGUUUAGAAAAGUAAGUGGGUCGAUCUCUGCAAAGUAGACAACAGAGCCAGAGAUGGCUAUCGCCCACGUCGCUACAGAGUAUGUGUUUAGCGAUUUCCUCCUGAAGGAGCCGGGUCAGUCAAGGUACCGCGCCGUGCGCACUGAGCUAGCCAUGGACAAGAUGGUGACGUGCGUGGCGGUGGGACUCCCUCUCCUCCUUAUCUCUCUAGCCUUCGCCCAGGAGGUCUCUGUGGGUGUUCAGAUCAGCUGUUUCCCUCCAGCUAACUUUUCCUGGCGUCAGGCCAUGUAUGUAGACUCCUACUGCUGGGCAGCCCUACACACUCACACACUACCCUUAUGGCUACACAAGUUCUUCCCCUAUAUCCUGCUGCUGGUAGCAGUAAUUAUGUAUAGUCCAGCGGUGUUCUGGCGUUUCUCUGCCUCUCCUCUGCUUCAGUCAGACCUCAGCUUCAUCAUAGAAGAGCUCGACCGCUGCUACAACCGUGCUGUCACUCUGGCUAAACGCAUGGCCACUGCUGGGGAACACACAGACAGUGGUGCGUCCGACCCUACUGAGGGCUGUUUCAUGUACCCGGUGGUGGAGCAGUAUCUGCUGACCAAGAGGAGGAGUGUCGUGGUGUUGUGGCGCUACCUGCUGUGUCGAGGCCUCAACCUGCUCACCUUGCUUCUGGCCUGUGUCUACCUGGGCUACUACCUCCGCCUUGCCUCCCUCACUGACCAGUUCGGCUGUUCCCUGCGCACCGGACUCCUGGCCAAUGACACCUCAAUCCCCGACCAAUUACAGUGCAAGCUGGUCGCCGUGGGAGUAUUCACUUUGCUAAGCUUUGUUAACCUGCUGGUGUACGCCAUGCUGGUUCCCGUGGUGAUAUACUCUGCUCUGCGCCCCUUCUUUCAAUCACACACCCAUUUCCUGAAGUCCUACCAAUCACUGCCCACCAUCAGUGUUCUGCCCCUCCCGCAGGGCCAAUGGGAUGACCUGACGCUUUACUUCCUCUUCCUGGAAGAAAACCUCAGCGAGCUCAAGUCCUACAAGUACAUGAAGGUGUUGGAGUUGUUGAGGAGGAGGGGGGUGUGUGAGGGGGAGGACUUUGACGCCAUGGGACUGCUUCAGAUGCUAUGUCUGGUGAAGACUGAUGUCACGGACGGAAAGAGGAGCACCGCAGCUACCUUCAAUGCUAGUGACAAAACGACCAAUGCAAAUGCUAGCCUUGAUGCUAAAGCUAAUGAUAACCAUAUUGCUAAAGUCAGCCAUAUUUCUAAUGCUAACCCUGCUGCUGGGGAGGCUAGUAGCAAGGCCCCAACCCCCAGCCCAGCGUCCCCAGACUCAUGCCAAAGCCAGACCAGUGCCACUGAAAUGACAGAAUUCUCUGCUUUGUUGCCAGGCAACAGUGCAAUGACAGGCGGAAAGCGGAGUGACGAGGGGGCGGUCCGACAGCGAAUUAUCUGAUCGUUGCCAUGAAGCAACAGCCCCAGUGGGUUGUGGGACACUAGAAACCAGAGGUUAUAAUACCCAGAGAUCCAACAAGCCUUUAUCUAACCGACUAAGGUGAACCAGAGAUGUCUUUAUGUCAAUGGGACAGAGUUGUAUUCAAAUCAAUCUUUAUUUUCCACAUGUGCCGAAUACAACAAGUGUAGACUUUAUCAUGAAAUGCUUACUUACAGUUGAAGUCGGAAGUUUACAUACACCUUAGUCAAAUACAUUUAAACUCAGUUUUUCACAAUUCCUGACAUUUAAUCCUAGUAAACAUUCCCUGUCAUGUGUCAGUUUGCAUCACCACUUUAUUUUAAGAAUGUGUAAUGUCAGAAUAAUAGUAGAGAAUGAUUUCAGCUUUUAUUUCUUUCAUCACAUUCCCAGUGGGUCAGAAGUUUACAUCCACUCAAUUGGUAUUUGAUGGCAUUGCCUUUUAAAUUGUGUAUUUGGGUCAAACGUUUCGGGUAGCCUUCCACGAGCUUCGCACAAUAAGUUGGGUGAAUUUUGGCCCAGUCGUCCUGACGGAGCUGGUGUAACGGAGUCCGGUUUGUAGGCCUCCUUGCUCGCACACACCUUUUCAGUUCUGCCCACUCAUUUUCUAUAGGAUUGAGGUCAGGGCUUUUUGAUGGCCACUCCAAUACCUUGACUUGGGUGUCCUUAAGCUAGGAUGGUGUUCUUCAGCUUGCAAGCGUCCCCCUUUUCCUCCAAACAAAGUAUGUUCAUUAUGGCAAAACAGUUAUAUUUUUGUUUCAUCAGACCAGAGAACAUUUCUCCAGAAAGUAAUCUGGCUUUACGGUGGUUUUGGAGCAGUGGCUUCUUCCUUGCUGAGCGGCCUUUCAGGUUGUCGAUUUAUAGGACUCGUUAUACUGUGGAUAAAGAUACUUUUGUACCCGUUUCCUCCAGCAUCUUCACAAGGUCCUUUGCUGUUGUUCUGGAAUUGAUUUGCACUCUUCACAAGUACGUUCAUCUCUAGGAGACAGAACGCAUCUCCUUCCUGAGCGGUAUGACGGCUGCGUGGUUCCAUGGUGUUUAUACUCGCAUACUAUUGUUUGCACAGAUGAAUGUGAUACCUUCAUGCGAUAGUUAAUUGCUCCCAAGGAUGAGCCAGACUUGUGGAGCAAAACAUUUUUUUUCUGAGGUCUUGGCUGAUUUCUUGAUUUAUCCCAUGAUGUCAAGCAAAGAGGCACUGAGUUUGAUGGUAGGCCUUGAAAUACAUCCACAGGUACACCUCUAAUUGACUCAAAUUAUGUCAAUUAGCCUAGCCAAGAUGUUUAAAGGCAGUCAACUUAGUGUAUGUAAACUUCUGACCCACUGGAAUUGUGAUUUAUUUCGCUGUGUCUAUAAGCAAUUGUUGGAAAACGUCCUGUGUCAUGGAAUUGUGAUAGAGUGAAUUAUAAGUGAAUUGUGUCAUGCACAAAGUAGAUGUCCUGACUGAUUUGCCAAAACUAUAGUUUGUUAACAAGAAAUUUGUGGAGUGGUUAAAAAAUUAGUUAUAAUGACUCAACCUAUGUGUAUGUAAACUUCUGACUUCAACUGUAUUCACAUUUAUUACUCUAAAUACACGUGGAACUGCGUGAAAAUCA